AAACCUUACAAGGAACCUUGUGUCACAGUACAUGGCCAAGUCCUAAACCCUGUGGACAAGUUCACCUACUUGGGCAGUACCAUGUCACGGCAGGCAAACAUAGAUGAGGAAGUGAACGGCAGAAUCUCUAAGGCCAGCAGUGCUUUUGGGAGACUUCGACACAAUGUCUGGGACCGAAGGGGAAUCAAGCUCAGCACAAAACUUAAAGUGUAUCAGGCAGUAGUCAUUACUACUCUUCUCUAUGCCUGUGAGACUUGGACAGUUUACAGAAGACAUGCAAAACAACUAAAUCACUUCCACACAACAUGCCUUCGUAGACUCCUUAAAAUUCAUUGGCAAGACCACACCCCAGAUACGGAGGUACUUUCCCGUGCCAACAUGCCCAGCAUUCACACCCUCAUAGAGAAAGCCCAAGCAAGGUGGGCAGGACACGUCCGACGGAUGAACGACAGCCGCAUACCCAAAAUGCUGCUGUAUGGGGAACUGGCUGAAGGCAAAAGGCUAGCGGGCCGCCCCAAGCUCCGCUUCAAGGACAGCCUCAAGGCAACUCUGAAGAGCCUCAGCAUUCCUGUCGAAAACUGGGAGGACGCUGCCACUGACCGUCACCAGUGGCGCAGACUAGUCCACCAGGGCGCCGAGCUUGCUGAGCGUCGUCGCAUCAGCCUGGCUGUCAGUAAGCGGGAGGCACGAAAGGCGAGGGAGAAAAACCCGUCUCUGCAACCACUACCUGAGCACAAGUGUGACGUCUGCGGCAGGUGCUUCCGGGCUAGAAUUGGGCUCGUCAGCCACACCCGGACACACAAGGACUGAAGUUGGGGUCAUCAUCGACUGCGAUGGACGA